ACUGUUUCAUCUCCAAUAAGUUUAUCACUCUUAACACAAUCAGGAACAAAGGUUCUAUUGAAGAGCGUUGUUUCACCAUUUUACAAUAGACUUAGUCUGCCGCUUAUUUCAUGUCUUGCUUCCGGGCACACUGAACUGCUGAACCCUGACGCCAUUCUUAUAUUGGCUUCCCUGUUGGUAAAUAAUAGAAAGCCUACUACUUAUUCGUCAGCAAUAUUGCAACCUAAGAUGUUGACAUCGUUGUCCACGUACAAAAAACUUACAGGAGAUGAUCAACCUGAAGGAGAACGGCUGGAUGAGGGCAGCGGAGAGUUGGAGCCACUUGAGUUAGAUUGUGCACGAAGGCCAUCUGAAUACUCGACGAUUCGAAUUGUUGCCUUGGUAUGGAAGUCGUUCAUUGUUGCCCUCGCGCUGUACGGCCUGGCGGACCUAGUGCAACGUGCACACGACGCCUUUACUUCUAAGAAGGACAACUCAUGCUAUUGCGGACGCUCUGUUGCUGAAGCAACAGCUAUGGGCUGUCAAUACGACUUAUUGGCUUCCGCCUGGCUCCCCGAUUGGUGUCGUGAUAAAGAAUUGUCGGCUGAAUUCGACCAGGCAGGUCCAGGGCCUGGCGGCGCUUGGGAUUAUUUUGCAGACAGCAAUGGUACUAUACCUAUAGUACCUUCCGAGGUGGGCCUCAUUGCGGAUACGAACAAAUUUUAUCAUACUACGAAUGAGUGGCACAUAGUGCACUGUGUCUACUACUGGAGGAAGCAGUAUCGGUCUAGGCUUAUAGGCACGGUGGUUGAAGCAAGAUAUGACAAUGAGGGUCAUAUAAAGCAUUGCGGCAAGACAUUUUUAGAGUAUGUUACCGAAAAGUACGUAGACACUCGUCAAAAUGCUGCUCUUAACAGCUCUUAAGAAACAGUUACUAUACCGGUACAAGCGAGCGCCGCACCUACCAAGUUGUCAGAUAAUAGCACUGUUGAUGAGAG